AUGAUGAUGCUUUUCGUGUUGUUGUUGUCUCUUGCGUCUCACGCCUCCUCAUCAAAAGAGCAACACAUCAACAGCAUUUUCAUCCUGGCCGGACAGAGCAACAUGGCCGGCCGCGGAGGCGUUGUCAACAACACCAUCACCGGAAUCACCACCUGGGACGGCGUCGUUCCUCCCGAGUGCCGCCCCAACCCAUCUAUCUUCCGACUCAGCGCCAACCUCACGUGGGUGGAAGCACGCGAGCCUCUCCACGCCGACAUCGACGUUGAGAAGACAAAUGGUAUCGGACCCGGAAUGCCAUUCGCCAAUGCGCUCUUUGCCAACCGCGCCGUUAAUACUGACGCGAUUGGUUUAGUUCCGUGUGCGAUCGGCGGCACUAACCUAAGCGAAUGGGAACGAGGGUCAUUCUUAUACAGGCAGAUGAUUGGGAGAGCCAGGGCGACUUCGCUAAAGGUGAAUAGCAAUGGCGCCUCAAUCAGGGGACUGCUCUGGUAUCAAGGUGAGAGCGAUACGACUACUAGGGAAGACGCCGAAUCUUACAAAGCCAGACUGGAAACCUUUUUUGGAGACCUCCGGUUGGAUCUGCAAUAUCCUCUGCUUCCAAUAAUCCAGGUGGCAAUUGCAUCUGGGUCAGGACCAUACAUAGAGACAAUCAGAGAAGCUCAGCUGGGAGUUGAACUACUAAAUGUCCGAACAGUUGACGCCAAGGGAUUAACAUUAGAACCUGAUAACUUGCACCUCACUACACCUAGUCAGGUUCGACUAGGAGAAAUGUUGGCUGACGCAUAUUCUCAGUUGAUUCCCAGCUCUAUAAGCAAUCAUGCUCGAAGUAAAGGAUGUCCUUGUUUGAUCACCCAUUUUGUUAUGGGAUUGCUAUGGAAAAUUUUGACUACAUAA